AUGUCCGCCUAUGCACAUGGUUCAUGGCAUCAGAACGUUCAGCCAACCGCCAUCCCAGCGGCUAUGGCGGCUGAGGCCGACGAUGACGAGGAACCCCUCGAAGCUGACGAGGGCUAUGGCGUUUGUUGCUCCUUGACCGACGACCACUUUCGGCAAGCCUACGCCGCGUCAUUAUCGUCAAGUGUCGUUGACUAUCCGGAAGAGUUCGGACGAAGAUAUCACGCUUAUCGAGCCGGGAAAUACCCGCUUCCAAACGAUGAGCUGGAAUCGGAGCGUCUCAAUUUGGCCCAUCGUCUGAUUUUCAGGCUUCUUGGCAAUAGACUCUUCCUAGCGCCCCUUGAGUUUGACCGGGUCAAUCGUAUUUUGGACAUUGGCACUGGUACAGGCAAAUUUUACGCCACAGGGGCGAUCCAAAUGGGCGAUCUUUUCCAGCAUGCAGAGAUUACUGGAAACGACUUGAGUGCAAUCCAGCCAAUAUGGGUUCCCCCAAACGUCAAGUUUGAAAUAGAUGAUGUCGAAAGUUCUUGGGUUGGACAUCAAAAGUAUGACUACAUCAUGUGCAGAUACAUGGCAGCUGCGAUCAGAGAUUGGCCCAAGCUGAUAAGGAAUAUCUAUGACCAUCUCAACCCAGGGGGGUGGGCAGAGUUCCAAGACAUGGACAUCGAGCUUUACUCAGAGGAUGGGACCCUCACUGAUAGCCACGCCACGAAACAAUGGAGUAGGACAUUUGUGACAACUUUGGCGAGUAUGGGUCUAGAACCUGCACCAGGGCCACAACUGGAAGGCUGGGUGUGGUCGCAUGGCGGGUUUACGAACGUCAGCCAUCGAAAGUAUAGGGUACCUGUUGGGCCAUGGCCUAGACAGACUUUCUUCAAGAAUCUGGGCAUGCUGAACCUGAUACAGACUCUAGAGGGGCUUGAAGGAUUCUCACUGAAAAUGUUUUGCGGCGUUCUCGGGCGGACGAGAGAAGCAGUGAUGACCCAGAUCGAGGAGGUGAGUGAGGAGUUGAAGAGUGGCACGAUCCACAGUCAGUUUGAUAUCAUGUCAGAGGCGCAGAAGGACACCACCGGGCCAAACUUGGCGCCGAAAUCCCAGACAGCAUCACCUGCUUCAGGAAAUUCACCGGAAGCCGUGGGCAAUCUCGCGACUGGCGCCCUUGAUGUAGAUGAGGCGGAACAUUACAGCAAUCCGAUACUGCUUCAACGAUUGAUAGCCGAAUUUCAACUUAUUCGGCAUCUCUGUCUGAAAGCGUACUUGAUUACCCAACCGAGAAUGGCCGACGUUAUCAUGCUUUUCGGGCCGGCUGUAAGUGAGGCGAAGUUGCGGACUCUGCUGCUACUGCGAAUUCCGAAUGCUGACGUUAUGAAAGCCUACUUUGCUCCCAACGAUGAGAGCGAAAUGGACCGACUUGAUUUCAAUCAUAUGCUGGUGCUCAAAACCUUGGGAAAGAAACUUUUUCUGGCCCCUGUUCCGAAAGAGAAGACCCAUCGCAUUCUUGACAUUGGAACCGGUACAGGUAUCUGGGCUAUCGAGGCAUCGGAUUUGUUCCCCAACGCAGAGGCUGAGAAGGUCAUCGGCAAUGAUUUGAGUGCUAUUCAGCCUAAAUGGGUGCCGCCAAAUGUCAAAUUUGAGGUCGACGACGUGGAAAGCGAAUGGGUCCACAACGAGAAGUUUGACUUCACCUUCUGUCGGUACAUGGCAGCAUCUAUCUCGGAUUGGCCGAAGCUCAUGUCGAGAAUCUACGAAAACACAAACCCUGGCGGAUGGGUAGAAUUUCAAGACUACGAUCUCUUGUACAGAUCAGACGACGGCUCGCUGACUGACGAUCAUCACACUUCGAAGUGGACCAAGGACUUCCUUGACGGCUUUAAAUCAAUUGGACGAGAACCUUGCCCAGGUCCCAGACUGGAGGGCUGGGCUAAAGAAGCUGGGUUUACUAACAUCAAACAUCAGGUGUUCAAAUUGCCCAUUGGGCCUUGGCCAAAGGAUCCCUACUAUAAGGACGUAGGAAUGACCAAUAUGAUCAUGCUCCUCGAUGGCUUGGAGGGCUUUACGCUGCGAAUGUUCUGCAGUGUUCUCGGGUGGACAAAGGAAGAGGUUCAAGUUUUGUUGAUGUUGGUCCGCAAAGAGCUCAAGGCUCCGGCAUUCCAUGCCUACUACAACCUUCAUGUGGUUUACGCACAAAAGCCCGAGACCAAAGAUGAUGAGUAG